GAGCCUCUAUAAAGUCCUUCUGCCUGGACAAUGAGGCACACAGAACCAAGCCCAGCCUGAGUGCUUUACCUCUAACGGACUCAAACAAACAUCCAGCCAAUCUAAGACAACCAAAAUGAGCGCCUCUCGCGUCGUCAUUUUCUCUGCAGUGGUGGUGCUUCUGUGCGCAGUUAGCCUCAGCGAAGGUUUGCGUAUUGGACCGCAAAGGUGCUGUUUUUCUUUUUCAACUCGUCCUGUGCCGAUCAAAAAAGUGGUUGGCUACAGCAUGACAAGCCAGCAGUGCCCCAACGAAGCCGUGAUGUUCAAGACUGUGAAGGGUCUUUUCGUGUGCGCCAAACCCACCGACUCAUGGGUACAGGAGAACAUGAAGAUCCUCGACAGCAGGAACGUCGGAAGCCAGGGGACCUUGUGAUCAUUAUCGACCAGAGUCCUCCGACUUCUGAGCUGUUUUGGAAGCACUGGACAAGUGUGGGGGUCUGAGCAAAACUGAAAAAAAAAAAAAAAAAAGAAUGCAAUUAUUGUACUCGCCGACAAAUGCAUUGUCACUAACUGAUCAGCAUGUUGAAGCUAAGGGGUUAAACAAUCCAGAAUGUAUGUUGUUUAUCAUUUUCUGUCAUUUGUCUUACUAAUGUAUUUUUAAAAAGAGUGUUAAAGUAUAAAGGAUAAAGUAUUGCAGAUCAUCAAUUUAUAUCUUAAACUAUAUGCUAUAUAGAAGAACAUGCAAUAAUCUGCAUAUAUGAAGAAUGUGUCAUUGAAGACGACAUAAUUAUGAUCUGUUUAUGUAAGUUUUUGCUAAUGUAACCUCCUCACAAUAAAGACACUUUUGGGUCUCUA